CGCGAAAGGAAGACAGAUUGCAUGUGUUUAUGCAUGUGUAUGUAACUCUGCUAAAAGAUCUACAAAAUUAAAAAUAGACGACACAGCAAGGACAUGGAUAAAGAGUCUGUCACAGACACUGAGUCUGAAUCAGCAUCUCAAUGGGAUCCAAAGAGUAGCACUGAAUCUGAGAGCUGGAGUGAGGGCAACAGAGAAAACAAAAGUAAAAAAAGAAAGAAAACAAGAAAACAAACCUCAUUAAUCAAGUUAUCAAGACAAUCAAUUGAAAAGAAAGCAGAACUUGAUGUCACAUGUGGGGAUAAAGAAGGCAUCCUGAAUCUGGAGAAGUAUAAUAAUGACAUUCAGGAGUGUAUCUUCAGUGAAGGCCUGUGGUUUACGCCGAGCGGCUUUGAGAAGUUUGGAGGAAGGGAAAGAAGCAAGAAGUGGAAAAGCAGCAUACGAUGUGAUGGCCUUCCAAUCCAAGAUCUUUUGGAUGUGAGAAGAGCCAGCCUGAUCUCACGAGAAAACAUGAUGCAGACAGACGGAGACAGUGCAAGCACAGGGCAGAAUAAAACCAUCAACUCUGAAUCAUUAAACCCUUUAAAAGAUAUUCCAGAGACCUGGAAAUCCUUGUUUUCCAAAACUGUAAAAAUACAUGUGUGUAGAAAUGAAGGGGAAAUACUACAGAAGGAAACAACCCAGACAGAACAUACAGACAGUUCUUCAGAAGAGUCUGUAUCUGUUGCUGAAAGAGUUAAAAUGAGCAGGAGAGAUUUUGUGAUUUCAAAUGAAACUGUCAACAGAUUGGUGGAAUCUACCAGCAGUGAUAAAGAACAUACAGACAGUUCUUCAGAUGAGUCUGUAUCUGUUGCUGAAAGAGUUAAAACGAACAGGAGAGAUUUUACGAUUUCAACUGAAUCUGUCAGCAAAAUGAUCACUCAAUGGGUGGAAUCUACUCACAGUGGUAAAGAUUCUCCUGCACACCCCACUGAUGUUCCAGAGCCUGCAGGAUAUUCGGUCAUAGAGGAGGCAGUUCAACCUACAGAAGAAGUAGCAGCUCUGCCCAGCUUCAGUUCUCCUCCUGCUCAAUGGCAGAACCCUGUUGAACCAGAAGAGACUCCGCAAACAGGCCAGAUGCAGUUAUUUGAAUUUCUGGCUAAACAGUUUAAUACUGUUAACGACACCCUACAAUCAAUCGAUGCAACUUUAAAGAAGCUGGUAGAAAAGCAGUUACAAGACUCUCUGCCACAUUAUAACCAGGAGCGCCUCGCACGUCAUGAAAAGUAAAGCGCUGGUUUCUUUGAUCGCCCUCUAGUGGCUGAAUGCAAUACAUAUCACAAACCACACCCAUCUACAGUAUGUAAACGAGUCCAAACAAACAAAAACAAUUACAAGUUCAAUAAAAUGUCCUGAAAAGGUUCCACAUUUUUCAUUUAAGGUAGUUUGGUCAUUUAGAUUGUUUGUUUUUGUGAUAAGUUUGAUUUUAUCUAGUCAUUUGAAGCUAAAAUACAGCAUGUCUUUAUGAUUCAUCAUGAACUUCCGGAGCUUUGACAGGAGAUUGAAGCUCUAACCAACUAUUAAUUUUAGAUUUGUGUUAUUUAACACUUUUAUUAUUAUUUGUUGGUGUCGUUUGUUCUCUUAACAUUAAA